AUGAAAAGUCACGUGAGAAAUAAAAAUUUUUUUUCUUUUUGUCUUCUGGUUCGCCGUCACGACGAAGGCGAUGAAAAAGGCGGCAGCAAAGAAAACGAAAUCGCGGAUUUAGACACAGCCAUUAAAUUAACAGGAUAUGGAAGGUAUCACAUAUUUUUGAUUGCACUCGGUGGAUAUUGUUUUUUGUCCAGCGGUCUGGAAUACGGUCUUCACGCAUAUACUCUACCAUACGCACAAUGCGAUUUGAAAAUUUCAACGGCACAAAUGGGUCUGAUAAACGCCAUGUUUAUGGCAGGAAGCAUAACAUGUUCGAUAUUUUGCGGAGCUGUCGCCGACAUAAUCGGACGAAAAAGAGUUAUUAUGGUUGCUCUGAUAUUGGGUGGCAUAUCGACGAUAUCCGCUAGUUGGUCAACAUCUUACGUCAUGUUUGCCGUUAUCAGAUUCAUUUCCGGUUUCAUGAGCGGUGGUCCGGGUUGUUUGAUUUUUUCAUACGUCGGAGAAUUUUGUUCUGAUACCCACAGAGCUAGAGCCAUUUGCAUCAUAGGUUUUUCAUGGACGUUGGCGUGGUUGAUACUUCCGAUCGUGUCGUGGUUGGUAAUACCAUCCGGAUUAUCAUUUGAAAUAUCCGGUUUUAAAUACAACACGUGGAGAACGUUCGUUUCCAUGAUUGGUGGUACUCCGAGCAUAAUAUCCGGUAUACUAAUAACGUAUUUCUGUUCGGAAACUCCGAAAUUUUUAUACGUUCACGGAAGAGAAACCGAAGCCAUUGACAUAUUAAAAAAAAUGUAUCAUAAAAAUACCGGAAAUCCACCCGAAACUUAUCCGGUAAAACGAUUAGUUACGACUUAUGGUGCUAGUAUCGAUGACGUCAAAGAAAAUGGUAUCCACGUGAAAAAAUCAUACAGUCCAAAAGAUGUCGUCAUUAUGGUUUUCUCACAGAUGAGACAAGUUUUCCGUCAUCCUCAUGCGAAAAGAGCCUGCCUUGUUUCAAGUAUUUAUUUUUCUAAUUUUUUCGGGUAUUACGGUUUAGGUUUGUGGCUUCCAGAACUUUUCAAUAGGUUCCAGGCAUAUUACGCAAUACAUCCAGACGAAACGGUUACCGUUUGCGAAUUAUCACGUUAUCAAAAUUUAACGGCGAAAAGUUACGAUUUCGACGAUGUACUUUUAUCAAAUUUAACGAGCACGUGUCCGCAAAGAUCAGUUAAUUUAGCAGUUUUUACAAAUACUUUCAUCAUCGGUUCGGCUGCUUGUGUGGGAAAUGUUUUGGCCGUUCUUUUGGCAAAUAAAGUCGGCGGAAGAAUACUUUCAGUUUUGUCAAUGUUGGUCUCUGGAAUAUGCACCAUCAUUGUUUACUUUUCACGAUCCGAAAUUCAAAUUGUUAUUGUUAAUUGUUUGUUCAUGGCGGGAGUUGGUACGGCCAUGACGACAAUCGGAAGUUGCAUUGUUAAUCUAUUUCCGACUUCUGUAAGAGCGGUCGGCGUUUGCGUCGGUAUAUUAUUCGGUCGUUUGGGAGCCAUUUGCAGUAAUUUAAUUUUCGGUUUGUUAUUGGAUGCAAGUUGCGAAGUUCCAUUUUUCUUCUUAGGAGGUGUUAUCAUAUUCGGAGCUGGUCUUUGUUGGCUUUUACCUAAAAAUUCACAAAAAGCCGUGGAGUGA